GAACAGGCAGUGUAGUCGAUCACCGAGUAAAGUCACCAGAGUCAGCCGGACGACCUGACACUGAAGAACACAACUAACCUGCUCGGAGGCUCCCUGACAGACGCACAAGUCUGAUACAGUUCACUGGGACAACUCUUGAUCAUUAUUCUGCACUUAUGGCUGAGAGCGAGGAGGAGAUGUUUGUGAAGGCUCAGCAGCGGACGUUCAUCGGACUGACUGAAGAUGCAGAGCACGAGUGGACGGGACCGUUUUGCUUCAUCCAGGGCGCCGACCCCCAGCUCGGGCUGAUGAAGGCCUGGAGGGAUGGCGACUGCGACGGCGGAGGGGACGAAUGGGCCGAGGAGAUCGAGCUCACCAAGCAGGCCGUGGAGGUCGUGAACCGGCUCCGACCCAGGCCGAGGUUCAUGGUGUUGUGUGGUGACCUGGUCCAUGCCAUGCCAGACACCCCAUUCAGAGAAGGUCAAGAGCAAGACCUGAAGGCGGCCUUGAAGGGGACAGAUCCCUCCAUCCCGCUGGUGUUUGUCAGCGGGAAUCACGACGUGGGCAACACCCCCACCACAAGGACGGUGGAGCAGUACUGCAGUGCUUGGGGGAAUGACUAUUUCAGCUUCUGGGUGGGUGGAGUCUUCUGCCUGGUUCUGAACUCCCAGUUGUUCUACGACGGCUCGUCCUGCCCUCUGAUGAAGGAGGCCCAGGAGACGUGGCUAGAGGAGCAGCUGAGCAGAGCCUCCUCCUCAACGGAACCCAAACCCAAACACAUCCUGGUGUUCCAGCACAUUCCUCUGUACCUAAAGAGCCCCGAUGAGGACGACGACUACUUCAACCUGCAGAGGGGAGUCAGACAAAUCCUGCUGGACAGAUUCAAGAAGGCAGGGGUGAAAGCGGUGUUCUCCGGCCACUAUCACCGAAACGCCGGCGGUUGCCAUGGCGGCCUGGACAUGGUCGUGAGCUCGGCCAUUGGGUGCCAGCUCGGCAAGGACGCCCACGGCCUCCGGGUGGUGGUGGUGACCGCGGACGACGUCGUCCACCGCUACUACAGCCUGGAGCAGCUAAGCGCGGGAGGCAUGGACGAGGAGCUCAGGAAGCUCCUGCAGGUCUGAAGACCGAAGGAGGGAAAAUCUGAAAAAAACUGAGCUUGUCAACAACAAGUUGGGUUUGUGUUUUUGUGAAUUGUUCUUACAGUUUUGAGCCCCUGUUCGUAGAGGCGCACAAGAAGGUUUUUGGAGACUUGGUCAACUCAUACCAGCAGAUAAGAAUAUGAGAUAUUAAAAUCAUUCAUACCUCAUUUUCUCCAAUGUGAUAAGCUAAUUAUUAUCUACCAGCAAACAAGUCUCAUCAAAUAUUAACCAAUGGCCCAUUCUCUAAAAAAUCUGUGUAUUCAUUAAAGUGGAAAAAAAAAAUAAAAAAAUUUAAAGGUA